AUACCGGCGUUCAAUUCCAUUGAGAUUAGUCGAAUAUAGGUCAAUGCCAUUUCGACGGUGACAUUCCACUCAAAAUAACCCGAGUAAAAUAUACACCAAAGGCAAGAUACACACGGCAUUGGCUCGGCUUUUAUAAUUUCAUCAGUCAUUUCUCAUGAAAAUCCAAACAGAAGUCAUUUCUUGAAAAACAAAUGCCGGCUGGGAAGGGUGAGUAAGGAGCGGAGAGUUCAGUGCGCUGGAAAAAAGGUGCUCCAUGGGUUUAGUCGGAAUUCGGCAUUGUGUGAACGGCACACACAGCGUCGCGCGGCGACACGCACGUAGCGGUGCGCCGGCGGCGGAGCUGACACCAAGACAUUCCGGAGAAUCCUCGGAAACCCAAAAAAAGGCAACACACUGAUGAAGGAACUGAAUUCGUCAAUGUGAUUUCCUUCGAAGAUAGCGGACCAUUCCCUCCCAAACUAUUGGGGGCUUCUGAAUAGGAUCGCAAAGUGGCCAAACAAUGGAAAACAGAGAGUGUGUUUGUGUGUGUCUUUGCGUUUUGCUGCUCGUGGAGUAGGACUGGUGAUUUUUAAUAGAAGCCGCUGCUGAUCGCGGUGGGCAGGACGCGGCGGAGCGCGCGAUGACACCAGACGGAGAGAGCGACGGCGCGACAAGAAUCAGGACACAAUAGGACGUGAAAGUGUGCACGCGGAGAGGUACUGCCCCAGAUCCGUGACAUCCCCGUGGUUCGGUGGUUCAGUGACUCUUUAUUUAUCGUUGGUUUGUAAUCGCACACCCGCCAAGACGGGCUGUUCCAACCACCAUUCAUAUCCGUGCGUAAAUGGAGUGUUUGUCAGUGCGUGUGGAGGAUUCCUGCGUUUGUUUUGCAUAUACGUUCGUCGCGAGCGGCUCCCUCUCUGGCCCUUGACCUUUUACGCACUAGAUGUAGACAAUCCCAGACUUCCUUAUACGUCCAUAUCUGCCAUGAGGCGGCGGUGGUGAUGGCGACGCCAACGGAGCCUGACGCACGAAAAGAAAAAGGGUCCCGGGCACCGGAACGCAACGGCUACGUGAAAGCACGUGCGACUCCGAUUCCCCUGUGCAGCGACCCACGGGAUCACGACGCACCGUGGGGGAAGCUGGCCACGCUCACCGACCGAGUCUGGAGUUCCCGUCCACUCCGGUGCGCGGUGUGUGUGGGAUCCCUCUCGGUUGUUUUCGCUCUGCUGCUCGUUCAACGUGCAGACCGGAGCUCUGAGGUCAGCAGUGGCAGUAGCCUACUCUCUGCGUCGUCUCCCGUUCAGUUGGCGUCAGACAGCGCAGCGGAGCUGUUGCAAACUUGCUGGAGCGCGGUGGUCUCGCCAGUGCUGAGCCUCACGUGUGCCUUCUUCUGGGUGGGUUUGUACUCGAUUCGCUGCGGAGUGCUCAUUCCGGCCGCCCUUUUCCUUUUAACAGUUUGCCACCUGGCCGAAACGGCGGCGCGGUCUCUCUUGUGGCCCGGGACCGAUGAGCAGCAGCUGUUUUCAUCCACUUCCACAGCCUCCAACGCGGUCGUGCUCCUCGCCUGCCUGGCCGCCGGUGCACUCAUGGUAGCGCGGCUUAACCAGGGAAUCUCAGUGGUCGUGUGCGUCAGCGUGGUCCGGACUAUCUCCCUCAUCUCCCUGCACAAGGUACGCGCCACUUGGAGACCCUACGUGGCCUACCUGGUCGGCGUGCUGGGCAUCCUACUGGCGAGGUAUGCUGACAAGCUCCUGCAGAACCCAGCAAGGAUACAUAAGGAGGGCUGUACCCCCGUGAGCGGAGCGAGGGGAGAGAUCCCUGCGUUUAAAAGGCGAAGGAGGUCCAGUGGUUCUGUGAUCAUAUCGUCAGACAUGGCGCACAGUCAGCCCAACAGCAGCAAGUCACACCGGAGGACCUCUCUGCCCUGCCUCCAGCGGGACCAGAUGUUGCCCCACUCAGAAUGGGACCACAAGAGAGGCUCCAGAGGCUCGCAGUCUUCAGGCACCACGGUGACGGUGGACAUCGCCGUAAUGGGCGAGGCCCACGGUCUCAUCACGGACCUGCUGGCCGACCCCUCGCUGCCCCCCAACACAUGCACCUCGCUGAGGGCUGUCAGCAACCUGCUGACCACCCAGCUCACCUUCCAGCCCCUGCACCGCCAGCGGGCCGCCCCCCCGCUCAUCCUGGGGGAGGCCUACACCUGCUCCGACUCGGAGGACGGGCCUGAGAAAGGGGAGAAGACCUCCAUUCACAAGCGUCUACGGCGGAGCCUGCCCCCCGGUCUGUUCCGCAGGAUCUCGUCCACCUGGACCACCACCACCUCGGCCACGGGGCUCCCCACCAUCGAGCCCGGGCCCGUACGGCGGGACCGAAGCGCCAGCAUCAAGCCCUGCCAUGAAGCCCUCACCUGCAGCUGUGGGCGGCCCUACAUCAGGUUGAGUGUUGGAGAGGGCUCCAUAGAGAAAGGAGACAGAACGCCGCGGUCAGAGGACUCAGUGUUGGUGUCGUCGGACUACGAGAGCACCCACGAGGGGAACCACAGCGACGGCAGCGACGCCGCUCACACGGAGGACGACCCGGAGGAGGGCAGAGGCUCCUCCCAGAGUCUCCUGCUCCACCCACUCAUCCCCCCCGAGGACAAACCUAUGCUGGCCCCCAUGCCGUUGUUGAUGGACGAUCUGGAGCCCCUGAUGAGCCAGUUAAACAACUGGAACUUCCCCAUCUUCAACCUGAUGGAGAAAACCAAUGGGAAGUGUGGACGAAUCCUCAGUCAGGUUGCUUAUCGGCUUUUCGAAGACACCGGCUUAUUCGCAACUUUUAAGAUUCCGGUGCAAGAAUUCAUGAACUACUUCCAUGCCCUUGAAAACGGCUACAGAGACAUACCAUAUCAUAACAGAAUCCAUGCCACAGACGUGCUCCAUGCAGUCUGGUACCUCACCACGCAGGCAGUACCCGGGCUACCCAGCCUCAUCAACCACGACCACGGCUCCACCAGUGACUCAGACUCUGACAGCGGGAUAACCCACAGCCACAUGGGCUACCUGGUGUCCAAGACGUACACGGUGUCGGAGGACGGCUACGGCUGUCUGUCGGGCCUCAUCCCCGCCCUGGAGCUCAUGGCGCUCUACGUGGCCGCCGCCAUGCACGACUACGACCACCCGGGGAGGACCAACGCCUUCCUGGUGGCCACCAGCGCCCCGCAGGCGGUGCUGUACAACGACCGCUCGGUGCUGGAGAACCACCACGCAGCCUCCGCCUGGAACCUCUUCAUGUCCCGCAGCGAGUACAACUUCCUGGCCAACCUCGACCACGUGGAGUUCAAGCGCUUCCGCUUCCUGGUCAUCGAGGCCAUCCUGGCCACCGACCUCAAGAAGCACUUUGACUUCCUGGCUGAGUUCAAUGCCAAGGUGGGGGACCAACAGUCGGCCGGUAUUGACUGGUCCAACGAGAACGACCGGUUACUGGUGUGUCAGAUGUGCAUCAAACUCGCUGACAUCAACGGGCCACUGAAGUGCAAGGACCUGCACCUCCAGUGGACCGAGGGCAUCGUCAACGAGUUCUACGAACAGGGGGACGAGGAGUCCAGCCUGGGCCUUCCCACCAGCCCCUUCAUGGACCGCUCGGCCCCCCAGCUGGCCAAGCUCCAGGAGUCCUUCAUCACCCACAUCGUGGGCCCGCUCUGCAACUCCUACAACUCGGCCUGCCUCAUCCCCGGCCACUGGGUGGAGGCGGAGCUAGGGUGCGAGGGGGCGGAGCCGGCGGAGAACGAGGAAGAGGUGGAUGAGGAGGAGGAGGAGGAGGAGGAGGAGGAUGAUACAGCUGAGGAGGAUGCGUCCAGCGGCUCCGAGGCCUCCCAGAAAAGUGCUCAGAAGAAGCGGAGGAAUGUGUUCUGCCAGAUCACCCAGCACCUGAUGGAAAACCACGAGAUGUGGAAGAAGGUGACCGCAGAGGAGACCCAGAAACAGGCCCAGGCUCAGGGGGCUGAAUCCGGGCGUCACGGCAAUGCGACCGAGCCAAUCCUAGCCAUCCAUGAAGAGGAGGAGGAGCCAGGGAGCAAAGAGGAGCUUGUGGAGGGGGAGGAGCCAGAGGAGGGGCCAGAGGAGGCUCCAGAAGAUGCGCCAGAGGUUGCCGUCGGCGCGGAGGAUGAAGAUACACAACAAUAGCCACAGUCGACACAGACAGACUCUUAAAGAAUAUUAAAAGAAAAACACUUAAGGAGAAGCAACAGGAAAGAGACAACAGGAAGUAUGGCAUCAAAAAGGACGAGAGAGAAAGUGACAUGUUGUUUCUCAUUUUUUUUAUGUUAUUUUGUUUUGUUUUUCAAGAGACUCCUAUUUUAUUUGCCAGCACAUCACUUUGGACACAACACUGUAGAAUUUUGGGAAAUGUGUGCCUAUGAGGGAAAUUAAACUCAAAAACAGGGUGGGGCGAAGCUGUGUUUUACACAUUUUAUCAGGAUAUACUCCGUAUAAACUAACUUUGAAGGAGCUUUCCAUUUUCAGAAUGGAAUCACAUAUGUAAUUUGGGAUACUGACUCUUUUGCUAAUAUCAGGAGACAAUGCUGACUGAUGGCUCAGACCUGCAAACAUAGGACUGCAGAAAUUUGCUGCCAAUUUAUACAUUAAGGAAUAUUUUAUGAAAGCAGUUGUCUGCAAACGUCACUCUCGGCUGUAUUUCCAUUACAGAGUGGCUUUGGUCAUGUCGAAAAACAGGCCACAAUGAGGUCAACUUUCUAUACAUGGAUUACAAAGGGAAUCGAAACCAACAUUGACACAUUUGAGGAUUUUAUCUUAGCACCCUUUCACCUCUGACCAAAUAAUUAACCCCCUUCAUCCAUGGCAACGGACGUUGAAUUGACCCAUUCCCUGAUGAAUACGAUUUGUACAAACCUCCAGGACGUAGCAUUUAAAAAUAUGUAUAAUCUGAUAUAACAGUAUCAAGUCAUUUCACUUUACGUUGUACAAAUCUUUGGUCAACAUGUUUGUGUGUGUGUGUGUGUGUGUGUGUGUGUGUGUGUGUGUGUGUGUGUGUGUGUGUGUGUGUGUGUGUGUGUGUGUCUGUGUGUCUGUGUGUCUGCGUGUGUGCGCGUCUGUUUGAGGGGGGGGCUGUCUUAGUGUGCACAUAAACAUUUAAUCGCAUUUGUCCUCAAAAAUAUCCUUAGAAAACCUCACGUGAUCGACGGCAGUCUCCGCCCACUAUCCAUAGAAUGCACUAAAGUGAUCCCUUCCGAUCGCCUCAUACCGGACCUUGCUUCCAAUGCUGUUGUAUAGAGCGUGUGAUUGGCCAAAUCAGUGGGCAAAAUAUGCACUUCCUUUUCAGCGGUCAGCAGCAGCAGCAGCAGUCAAAUACGACAUAAAUACAAUGUUUAUGCGGUGUGUGGAAAGGGAAACGUAUGGCAGGACAUCAAGUUUAAAGAUGCAUCCAAGGAAAUCUUGAUCAUAGAACAUGAGCCUUACUUACAUGAAAGAACCCAUUAAACCCCCGAUCAGUAAGAGAGGAACCAGACAUGCCCCUGCUCAUCAUUUAUACGACGGUCAGCCAACUGCAAAUUGGCGACGAAAAAUAGGAUUUCUCUCAGAAAAUCCCCAAUGUUCAAUAUGUGUCAGGAUUACAAUAAUCACAGAUUGAAGAACAGUCCACAGAGACCCCGUUGCAAUGGGUCGUGUGCAUGUGUGAGUAUGUGCACGUGUGUUAUCUUAAUACAGCGUUUGUAUUUACAUCCUUCCAGGUGCUUCCCUAUAUAAAAAAGAACGCUUUUUUGGAGCUAUCCAGUGUUUCCUCUUUUCUAUUCAGGAGCGGGUGGGCGGUCUGGAAGGUUGGAUGAGGGAGACUUUCGAAGGCUGUAAUUGUUAUUCACAGACGACCCCAUGGCAUGUUUAUUUUCCUACCCAUUCCUUGGAUCUGCGCACUGUGUAGGCAGUGGCGCGUUAGUAUUAGCGAUCAUCACAAUGUAUUGUGAUAAGUGGAAGUGGUAGCCAUUCGGAUUUCAGUCACACCUGUUCCACAUCUAUGCUUGCUUUUUUUAUGUCUUUGUUUUUAUAUAGGUAUUCAUGUAUGUUUUGAUUAAAUUUAUUUGACUGCUGUUCAUAUUGACAUGUAUUAUAAUUCUAUCGAUGGGAACCAAACAAGCUUUACAAUUCUGUAAACCUAAAAAAAUCGACAUGUAUUUUUAUAUAGUUGACACAUGGUUAAGUAAUUGUUUCUUUUUGUUUUCCUCACUAGUAUCUUGCACUUACCACAUGUAGCAAUACUUACACAAGGAAGAAAUACUUAUGUCCAAAUAUACAGUAUUUGUUAAAAUAAAUGAUUGAUUUCCUUGCAGGUUGAUGCUCCAUUUUGUACAAUAUGUAUGCUGUACAGACAGAAAUAUUAAAACAAAAAAAAUCUUUAGAUAUACAUUAUUUAUUUUUACCAUUUUGUAAUUUAGACACUAUACUGUAGCUUCUAUAUUGCCAGACUUACUGAAAGUGCCUAUUGGUAUUAUGUAUCAUACAGUGAAUAUGUUUGAAGACCAUUAGAAAUUGUCACAAGCUGAACAAUGUGGAUGUUGUAAUGUGAAUACAUUGAAUUACAAGACUUUAAUUUCUGUGGUAUAAA